CACUUUGUGCCUGCCCAGACGACUGCUUCCUCUGCCACCAUUCUGGCUCCACGCUGAGACAGUGACCAUCCAUUACGGGUCUGUGCCACAGUGUGCCAGUCGGCUCCAGCAGGCAGACAGUAUCUUCUGUGACCUCAUCAUCAUGAGACAGUGCCUCUGGUGGAGAAAGCAGCUGCUCCUCUGAAGAUGAAGGAGACAUUCAGUGUGAGAUUCUGGAGAAGCAGAGGGAUGAAGCCAAUCAGAAGCUAUCUGAGAUGGAGGAAGUGUCCUCUCAGCUGUUGAAGGAGAUGGAAGUUCUGGAGAUGCAGUUCCAGAUUGAACGCUCCUGCAGGGAGAGUGCAGAGGCCCUGGCUGUCAAGGUGACCAAAGACAACAAGGUUCUGAAGAGGAGGAGCCAGGCUCUGCUGCCAUUCAUCCCAGAGCUUCCUGAAAACCUGGAGGCUGACCUUGGGGUCGAUCCCGACCCUGAUGGGGACAGCGGGGAGGAUGCCGUGCUGCAAGGACAGGCCCAGAUAAGAGAACUGCAGGCCUCGGUGGACCAGCUGCUGGGGGAGAAGCUGCGGCUGUGUGAGCAGGUGGAGGCCCUGAGGGCAGAGCAGAUCCAGCUCAAAGAACAGCUGGCCCUAGAGAUUGAUGAGAGAGAGGCCAUACUGAAGAAACUGUCCAAACAGAACAAGACCAUGAAUAAGAUGAAGAGAGUGUCCCAGCUUGUGACAGAGGAGUUCACAGAGGUUAGUCAGAAACUGGAGCUGGAGGAGGGCCUCAGACAGCACGCAGAAGUUUUCGCCCACCAGGUGUUGGUGAAGCAGAAGCAAACCCAGAGACAGAGCAUGGUGCAGCAGCAGAGUUCAGAGACAAGUAUGCAGCUCCAACAGGCUCUGGAACAGGUGGCCCACAUCAACAGUACCUUACAGGACAUACAGCUCUACUACCAAAACCAGGUGAAGCAGACCCAGUGUGCUCUGGAGGAGAGCAGUGUUCUGUCUGAGCUGCAGAUUGUCAGAGGCCAGCUGGAGAGCAGUGAGAAGGAGAGGAGGACCAUGGAGACCCAGCUAAGGGAGGCGCAGAUCACUGCCGCCCACCUCCAGGGAGAAGUGAAACAUCUCCAGGAUAGGCUGAAAGACACAGAGAAAGACCAGGUUUCCAAAGCUGACCAACCAGUGGAGGACAACUCAACCACUGCUCCUCCUCCUCCUCCUCCUCCUCCUCCUCCUCCUCCUCCCCUGCCCCCAACUCCCCCCAGCACUGUUGUUGAUCAACUUGUCGUCCUGCGCAACAAGAGGAAGGAGUCAGUCAACAACACUGAUAAGAAUAAGCCAGAUCCUUCUGUGGACAUGAAGACCCGAGCGGUGGAUGAGAUGAUGGAGAGGAUAAAGAAAGGCAUCGUCCUGAGACCCACCCUGAGACCACAGCCUGGAUCAGAAGAUGACAGUGCCUGGAGGGACCAUAGGAGUGAGAAGAGAAAGUCAGCCGUGCUGGAUCUAAAAGGAAUGCUGGAUACCAUGAAACGCCCAGGCCACAGGAGGGCGGGGUCACGGAAGAGGAUAAGCCGAAACAUAGGGGAGGCGGAGCUACAUCUGGUGCUACUGAGGAGGAGGCGGGCCAUGGGGGAUGGACAGGACACCCCCGGCCCCUCCCCAACCCCCUCCCCAGCCCCUCCCAUCACCAAAAUCCAAGGUCCCCAGUCGGGUGGCCCAGCAGCAGGUGCCCUUCUCUUCACAGGAGAUCGUGGCAGCACCCCCGUGCUCAGGAGGCUCCAGCAGAACAGAGAGAAGAGGAACUCUCGUAUCAGAGCAUCAGAACUGAUCAUCUGCCAGGAGGAGAUCUGAUACUUGGGAAAGGGAUGAUUAGUGUUAGGAUACUGUCCCACAGUGUUUCCCAAACCUCUCCUGGAGUACCCCCAGCCAGUCAACUGAUUUGAUGUAUUCCAAGCACAGCUGACGUAAAUGUCAUCUUACCUUUAAUCAUCAAACCCCUCAUUAGUUAAAUCAGCUGGUUAGUUUUGGAAUACAUCAAAUGUGUGGACUGGCUAGGGGUACUGAAGGAGAGGUUUUGGGAACACUGUUGUAACACAAUCAUAUUGAUGCACUGUAUAUUUUAAUGUAUAGAUUUAUAUGGUUAGUGCUGAGCGAUUAGGGCUUUUUGAGGUCAGUUUGGUUUCUAAAAAAAUAAUCACAUUUUCAAUUUCGGUUUAGCAUUAAAACAUUUUUUUUACAAUAAAUGAAUAAUGUUGGUUGAAUGCUGUAACAAAACAGAAUAAAUCAAAUGAUGGUAGUAACGUCCCAUUACUAUCACUUAUAAGGCU